AUGUGUGGAAGAAGUUCUCUAUCUCUUGCACCCCCGCAAUUCCGCGAUGUUGCCAGCCGUCAACUCGGAGCAGAUAUGCACCAGACAGUUUGGAUCGGACAGGCUCUAUUCAAGCCACUGUACAAUUUCAGCAUGGGAGCAUGCUUACCCAUAAUUUAUUAUGAUCCAAGUGUUUCGGAUCAUGAUGAUGAAAAAUUGAAAAUGGAGGAGGCUCCAUCGGCUGCUGACGAAAAGAAUUUUCUCAUCAAAAAGGAAAAUAAUCCAAUUCAUUCAUCUAAUCAUGUAAUUUCUCACAAGGAUAUGAUUAAACAAGAAAUUAAAGAAGAAGAGCCUUUGAUUCAAGUCAAGAAGGAGGAAUCUAGUACACCUCCUCUGUCAAAGAUACAUGGACUUCAUCUACAAACCAUGACUUGGGGACUCACCUCGUACACGAGUGAUCAUCACCAACUACACACUGUAAAAGCUAUUAAUGCUCGAGCAGAGACAUUGCAGGAAAAGCCAACCUUCAAACGAUUGCUCAACAAGCACAGAGCUAUUCUAUUUGUUGAAGGAUUUUAUGAAUGGAAGAGCGCUCAGCUGAAUACAGGAAAGAAACAACCAUAUUACAUUCAUCCAAAAGAAAAAGGUACACUUAUGUGUUUUGCAGUCUUUAUGACAAGCAAGAACCUUCAAAUGCAACCAAUGGUUACAACUUCACUAAUGCCUGCAAUUCUUACGAGUACGUCUGACAUUAGAAAAUGGUUAGGUAUUGAUCCUACAGAUGACGUCUUGUCCCUAUUGAAAACUUGUGAUUUUUCUCAACAUUUAAGCAUGUAUGAAGUGUCAGAUUUUGUGAAUAGUGCAACGAAUCAAUCAUCCAAAUGUGUCAAACCUCUUAAGGAAAUUCAACAUGGAAAAGGGUCCUUACAUUCGUAUUUCAAACCAGCAGCUCCAAGCGUGUGA